GGUGAACAGAAUAAAGUCUAUGAAGACUAAAAUUUACGUAAAAAACAAUAAUUUAGAGACAAAUCAAAAAGAAAACACAUGUGACCACUUUCAAAGCAGAACAGUGGACACAAGAGUAAUAAUAUUAUUUCAUCACUCACUUUCUCGACUCUAUAUAAAGACACUCGCAUUUUCAUAUUUUCCACACUAACUUACAAAACAUGUCUUCUUCGUUUCUCUCUUCCACUGCUUCUUUCUUUAUCGUUCUUCUCUAUCUGGCUUCCUGCCAUGUCUCUGAUGGAGCUCAACAAGCUACUUACAUCGUUCACAUGGCAAAAGCUCAGAUGCCCUCGACCUUCGACCACCAUUCUCUCUGGUACGAUUCCUCACUCCGGUCCGUAUCAGACUCUGCUGAAAUGCUCUACACUUACAACAAUGCGAUUCAUGGAUUCUCCACUCGUCUUACUCCCGAAGAAGCCGACUCCCUCAUGACCCAACCUGGUGUCAUCUCGGUUCAACCUGAGCAGCAGUACGAGUUACACACCACCCGAACUCCACAAUUCCUCGGUCUCGACUUACACAGUGCAGCCCUAUUCCCUGAAACCAGCGCAGCCAGCGACAUCGUCAUCGGAGUUCUCGACACUGGUGUUUGGCCAGAGAGCAAAAGUUUUUCAGACGAAGGAUAUGGUCCUAUUCCGUCUACCUGGAAAGGCGAAUGCGAGGCUGGGACUAACUUCACGGCUUCGCUCUGUAACCGCAAACUAGUCGGAGCUAGGUUCUUCGUUCAGGGUUACGAAGCAGAUAAUGGAAAAAUCAACGAAACCGUAACGUUGAGAUCGCCUAGAGACGAGGAUGGUCACGGAACACACACGGCGUCAACUGCGGCUGGAUCCGUCGUGGAAGGAGCUAAUUUUUUAGGCUUCGCUAAUGGAACGGCACGUGGGAUUGCUCAUCGCGCUCGAGUGGCUGUUUACAAAGUUUGUUGGGAAAAUGGUUGCGUGAGCUCAGAUAUUUUAGCUGGAAUCGAUAAAGCCAUCGACGAUAAUGUAAACGUUCUCUCCAUCUCUCUCGGCAGUAAAAAUAAAGUAACGGAUUAUUAUAAACACCAUACUACCAUUGGAGCAUUCUCGGCCAUGGAAAAAGGGAUCUUCGUUUCCUGCGCUGCUGGUAAUUCUGGUCCCAGCCCAUCCAGUUUAUCGAACGAAGCUCCGUGGUUGACUACUGUUGGUGCUGGUACAUUAGACCGUGAUUUUCCCGCGCUCGCAAUUCUCGGCAACGGGAAUAACUAUACUGGAGUUUCUUUGUUUAAAGGAGUUGCACUUCCCGCUAAAUUGUUGCCAUUUGUUUACGCCGGGAGUGCUAGUAAUGCUGCUGAUGGAAAGUUUUGUUUCUUAGGAACACUUAUUCCGGAGAAGGUAAAGGGGAAGAUCGUGUUGUGCGAUAGAGGAUCAGGGAGUAAUACAAUUCUUAAAGGGCUGGUGGUGAGAGCUGCUGGUGGACUCGGUAUGAUUCUUGCGAAUACAGCAGAGGAAGACGGAGAAGAGGCUACCGCGGAGCCUCACUUCUUACCGACGACCUCUGUGGGACAGAAAGCCGGCGACAUUAUCCGACACUACGUCUUGACCGAUCCGAAUCCCACCGCUUCAAUCUUGAUUCAAGGAACUCUCCUCAACAUCCAGCCGUCCCCGGUGGUGGCGGCGUUUAGCUCGCGAGGACCUAACUCGAUAACGCCCAACAUUCUCAAGCCGGAUUUCAUCGCUCCGGGAGUCAAUAUCUUGGCCGCGUGGACCGGAGCUAUUAGUCCUACCGGCUUCUUUUUCGAUCCUCUCCGUGUGGAAUUCAACAUCAUCUCAGGAACGUCCAUGUCUUGCCCUCACGUGAGCGGGUUAGCCGCUCUUCUCAAGUCUGUGCAUCCUGAAUGGAGCCCCGCGGCGAUUCGAUCGGCUCUCAUGACCACCGCUUACAAUACCUACAAAGACGGAAAACCGAUCCUCGACAUCGCGACGGGUAAACCUUCAACGCCGUUCGAGCACGGUGCAGGACACGUGUCACCUACGAGGGCCAUCAAUCCAGGACUCAUCUACGAUCUAACAACUGAAGAUUAUAUAGAUUUCCUCUGCGCAUUGAACUACAAUUCGUCGCAGCUCAUAAUCCUGUCGAGAGGCAAUCACACUUGCGACUCAAGCAAAACGUACUCCGUCGCUGAUCUAAACUAUCCCUCGUUCGCCGUUAACGUCCAUGGGUCCAACACUUAUAAGUACACACGCACUGUUACAAACGUGGGAGGAGCUGGCUCAUACUCGGUUAAAGUAACGUCGGAGACAACAGCAGUUAAUAUAUUGGUUGAACCGACAGUUUUGAAUUUCAAAGAAGUCAACGAGAAGAAAUCGUAUGCGGUAACGUUUACCGUAGAUUUGUCUAAGCCUUCAGGGUCUAACAGCUUUGGGAGCAUCGACUGGUCAGAUGGGAAACAUGUGGUGGCCAGUCCCGUGGCGAUUAGCUGGACUUAG